AACUUAAUCAUUGUUUGGUCUCGUUGCACAUGUGCAUAAACAGAAGUGAGACCUCACAGCUACUUUUUGUUUUGCAGGGGAGUCGUCAGUUCUCAGUACCUAAGAGGCUUAACCAACACCCAGAAUGAGCAUGAAACUUGAAGUAAACGAUGCUAACCUAGAAGUUGGAGAUCAGCUGAAGAUAAAGGGCGAAAUUUUGCAUGAUGCUCAAAGAUUCCAGAUUGACCUCGGUCGCGAUUCAGAAGACCUGGCUUUGCAUUUCAACCCGCGAUUCCAUGACGACACAGAUGGAGCAGUUAUUGUGUGCAACUCAAAGAUUGCUGGUUGCUGGGGCGAGGAGAAAAGGGAAAUACACAACCCCCUGCAAAGAGGCACACAUGUUAAGAUUGUGUUGAAGAUCACUGGUGAGAUGUUUGAACUAGAUCUUCCUGAUGGACAUCAAAUCCAGUUUCCUAACCGUGUUGACAUGGCGGUCAUCAACUAUGUCAGGAUCACAGGAGACAUCAAAAUCUCUUGCAUCAAAUUCUGUUAAGAUGUAAGAAAUCUCACUUUUUGUUGUCAUGGAAAUGAAUGUAUGAAAAUUCAACUUGUAUUCAUCCACGCAUUGUGAAAUAUUUUCCCCACAUUACUAACUCAACAGCAGAUGGCAGGCUAGCUCCAAACUACAAAAAUGUCCCUUAAUUUCAAUGAAUUCAGACUAGAUUGGUUUGGACAAAACCAUUUAUGCAAAGCUCUAAUGAAAUCACCAGUCUAUUCGUUUUAUUGACAUUAAAAUAUGAGAUGCACUAC